AUGAACGGCAGAAACGGUUACGCCGACGGAUACGGAUAUUCCGAAAGCAAUCGAUACGAUCGGAGUGAUGGCGGAUACGGGAGCAGCAACAGCAACUUAGCUGUCAAUGGGUAUUCAGGGGGGAGAGAUCGUCGUCCGGGUGGAUAUGGUGGUUUUUAUAACGAAUCCUCGCAAGAGCCUUCACCUUCAGCCUCACCGGAGCGGCGCCGAGAGAGAUGGGAGGGGGACCGCCAGAACUCCUCGUCGCGAUCGCGCACACGGGACACAGACGCUGAAAGGAGGCCGCCGGGGUCGCGGGAUGGCCGAGCACGGGGAGAGACUAGCUGGGUGGCCAGCAGCAGCAGCGUCGAGAGGAGUGGUCCUGAGAGUGCCAAACCCGUGAGCAGUGGUGCGGGGUCUGAAGCUAUGGAAGAUAUCCUUCAGGCGAUCCAACGCGACUGGGGCUUCGUAGCUUCCGACGAUUGUGUACCGGUGCAGGUGGCAUUGCAGUUGAUGGACACGAGUACAUUGGGCAAAGCAGAUCGCGAGCCUGAUUUCCUCAAUAUGAACCAGCAGAUUCAGAAGACUUUAAAGUCUGUCGUCAAUGAGCAUCACCAGGGAUUUAACAGUUCCAUUGGUACAUACCACAAGAUCCAGUCCAAUAUACAAAGCUCGCAGAAUCGAGUCCGAAAUCUAAAACAUGCGCUGGAGAACGCCAAAGCUGGAUUACUCUAUACGAAGCCCGAGUUGAAGGGACUAGCGACGUCUUCCCAGAAAUACGAUGACUUAAUCCAGCUUUUCAGUCAAAUCCAGGAAAUACAAUCUCUGCCUGAAAAGCUAGAGUCCCGAAUAUCCGACAAGCGAUUCCUUGGUGCUGUCGAGGUGCUUCACGAUGCCUUCCGACUGUUACGGCGCUCCGAGCUAGAGAAUAUCGGAGCACUGGCAGACAUACGCGCCUACUUUGCGAACCAAGAAAUAUCUCUGACUGAUAUCCUGAUAGAAGAGUUGCAUGAUCACUUGUACCUCAAAUCUCCCUAUUGCUCCAAUCGGUGGAAACCGCCAGCGCAAGAGGGAGAAGUUGGCACCGCAAACGCCUCCAGCUGGACUGGAGUAGCAACCUGGGAAAAACCUGUCUACGCCUUUCUUGGGAAGCUGGACGCCACUACGCCACUGGUAGAGGACGCGUCUCGAAACCCGGAGGCUGACACGUUUUAUUAUAUCCGACUUUUAAUUGAGGCGCUGAACAAGAUGGGCCAUUUGGACAUAGCGGUUGACCGCAUUGAACAACGACUUCCAGUUGAACUAUUUGCAGUGGUCGAUAAGACCAAUGCAGAAGUCGACGCGCGUCAUCCAAAUUUGGGCCGGGGCCUCUCAUCCCGGGAUGGCAAGACCAGUCUGCCAACAGAGGCCAUUGAGAAACGCGGACAUGUUUUGACGGAGUUCUUAUGGACUCUAUAUGCCAAAUUUGAAGCUAUUGCUGAAGGUCACCGUGUCCUCCACGAUGCCAUUGCCGGAAUUGUGGAGCGCGAGGGUAUUCCCAAGAACAGUUCACUCACAGGUGGUUUCAAAGAAUUGUGGAAGCUCUAUCAGAGUGAGAUUCGUUCCCUGUUGCACGAUUACCUGGCCACCGAUGGAGAGUCCUCCUUCAGAUUUAGAGAAGAAGAAGCCGAUGCUAAACGUCAAAUCCAUGCUGGUCAUAGGGAUAGGAACAAGAAAUUGUUUAAACUUUCCGAAACAGAGCAAAACACGGAAAUGCAAGCGGAACAAGACGAGUUGGAUGAGAUCCUCAAGACGUCGGUUCCUGGUUUAGUAUCGAAAACCAGGCAGAAAUUCACGACGACAGACAGCUCACGAGACGGGCAAGGAAAUUCCGGAACCGGUCAUAAGAUACUCAUUGAACCCAGCGUGUUCAACAUGAGUCUUCUUCUUCCGCCUUCCUUAUCCUUCAUACAACGAUUGAAGGACAUAGUGCCUGUGGAUGCAGACAUUGCUCUGAGCACUUUGACGUCCUUUUUGGAUGACUUUCUCGUCAACGUAUUUCUUCCCCAACUGGAUGAGACAGUCACAGAUCUCUGUAGUCUUAGUUUCAUCGCCCCAGACGCGUUCACGGAAGAUCCUCAAUGGUCAAAAUCCUCCCCUCGGCCAGUUUUCAAGGGCACUGUCAAAUUCAUGUCAAUCAUAUGGGAGUUUAGUAAAAUGCUGUCCAGCAUUCCGCAUGAUCAGGCCUUCACACAGCUUCUAAUUAGCCAGAUUGUGACCUACUAUGACAAAUGCUGUGGGUGGUACAAAGCUAUUGUCACGAAGGUCUCGCCUCGCAAUCACGGUCAAGUCCGCCUCAAGGCCGCAGCAGAGUUUGCCGAAUUUGGUGAUAUUCAUGAUACAGUUCGGGAUCUCUGGGAGAGGCCAGCAGACGCUAAGAAGGAACUCAUCGAUAAGGAAAUCGAGCUUCUGCUCAAACGCACAGACGAGGUAUCGUUAGAGCCGUACGACAUUAUAUCCGAUCCCAAAACAGUGGUCGCACUGUCACUUCUCUACAAUAGCAUGCAAUGGCUUGCAAGCCACCUUGCCAAGCUGCGCCGAAUCACAGCCUCAGAGUCACGGCAGCCACAGCCUGAGGCUAGAGCACCUCCUCGUCGGUGGACCCUGAUUGGGGCCAUGAAAUCGAGGCGUGACAGCAUAAGUCAACCAGUGUAUCUGCCGCUGAAUCAUGAAACGGCCAACGCGUUUGACACCACUCUUCAAUCGCUGCGUAAUCUGGCCUCGACCGCGCUCUUUGCUCUUCACAUUGAUAUCCGAUGCGGCGUCAUUCACAUGUUGACCCGUACAAUGGCUGGCCCCAAUCCCCCGAGCAACCGCGAUUCGGAACCCACGACACCAUCACCGAACUCGAACAUGAAUUGGUGGCAUAUCCUUGUAAAUCAGCCGACAGCCGCAUCUCCCACGAUUCUCGAGCUGAACAAUGACUUGAUCGCCUUUGAUACGAACAUUUCGUCAUAUCUCGGCCCCGCUGAACACUGGUUCAUCACCUCGGGUCUUGCUCGAUUUAUUGAUCAAGCAUUCGUCUCAUCUACACGUCAUAUUGGAGCCAUGAAUGAGAAUGGAGCCUUGCGGCUGCAACUUGACGUCCUCGUUUUACAGCAGAACCUCAAGAAUAUAAUUGUUGACCCGACAGCUGAAACAGCCCAGGAUUCCACGACAGAGGAACCAGGGAAUCCUGACAAGGUCGUUGCACUUCCGCGUAGUGCCAAAUUCCUUGACUGGUUCUUGGAUGGUGCGGAAAAGACAUUGGAGUACGCCAAAGAUGAAAAGGAGCUGUUCGCUGCGCAGGGCGACAAGGCAUUAGCGGCAGGCAAUGGCGAACCGCUCACCUAUGAUGAGCUCAAGGUCCUUAUUGACCUUUGCUUCUCAGAAAUUCUCAGAGGACCUCGUGGAGCCGAAAAUCGGGAAGAUUUUAUGACUGCGAAGAAAGCCAGUGCCGAUGCGCUCCUGAAAUUGAACGAAAUCAUGUGGGAUUCCAAAUGA